AUGGAAAUGCUUCCCACGCACAAAUGGCCGUCUUACCUUAUUCUAAUCACGUCGUUGUUUGCGCUUGCCAUGGUCUUGGGCCCAAUAUUUGGCGGCCUUAUCAACGAUAAUUCCAGCUGGAUUUGGGUAUUUUUGCUCAAAGUGCAAUCCAGCGUCCCUGGCGGUGCAAUCGCGCUCGUGCUGGUGGUCUUAGCGAUACCUGCAAACUUCCCAUUUCACAACAGUCCAGAUGCCCAGAAGCGAAUCUCCCUUCGGCGGGCUGACUUCCUGGGUGCCGUGCUGCUGCUCGCCGGCAUGACUUUAUACAUAACGGGCUUCGAGCAGGCGGCUAGUUUGCAUGCAUGGACCUCGGUGCAGGUUCUGCCCUUGCUACUUGUUUCCGCAUUCUUCUGGAUGGCAUUCCUUGCCUCUCAGUGGUAUGUGACUACACGGGACGGUGGGCCGGACCCCGUGUUUCCGUGGCGGUUCUGUCAGAGUCGCGUUGUUAUGGGGUUGAUCAUAAAUUCCUUCCUGGCUGGCACCGUAUCUACAACCUCUAUAAUUACAAUUCCGGUCAGGUACCAAGCAUCAGUCGGAGUAUCGCCUCUACAAGCCGGGAUUCGGCUGAUCCCCUUGUCCCUGGCGAUUCAAGUCGGCGCCAUGCUCGUUGCUGGUCUAACCAAGAAACGCCGCCUGCCCCCAAUAUAUAUGCUUUUCGUGGGAGCCGCCUUUCAGCUGAUUGGCUGCAUCUUUUUGUCUCGCGGCUCUCCUGAAGAUCCUGACUGGAACGGCUUAUAUGGCCUGAUGGUUCUCACAGGCAUCGGAAUAGGUUUGAACAUUGGGGUUGCUACGCUGAUGAUGCCAUACAUCACAGAGGAGCGAGAUAAAGUGCAGUUCCGUUUCCUUGGUGGUGCAACAGCGUUGAGUAUAGCUACUGCGGUGGGUAACAAGUGGCUACGUGGCGAGCUCUCCUCGCUCGUGUCUGUGGAACAACUUUCUUUCAUAUUCAGGGACUUAGCCUCAAUCGACUCUCUUCCUCCGUCAUCUCAGGAGAUUGUUCGGCGUUUGUUUGUCGAGAGUUUUAAUUUGCAGAUGCGGAUUCUGAUUGGGUUUGCCGCAGCUCAAUUCCCUGUCACUCUCAUGAUGUGGGAGCGGCAACCGGUUAUGUUGGAUUAG